UGAUUCAAUGCAUGUGGAUUUAAUGACUAUAAUCCAUAAAUGGUCUCAAUUCUCAUCCAAUAAUAGACAAUUUAUGGAAAUUAAAUAGCCAUUAUUUAAUUAUGAUUUGAAUUGGAUGUCCCAAUCACUAAUUAUUUGGAAUCUACAAGGAAAUUAAGGAAUUUUAGCAAUUGGUAAACAACCUAUUUUCUUUCACGAAAAAUUGGCUAUUAUUUGAAUUUUGUCACCUAGAUAGGUAUCACCUAAAUUUGAUAUGGUAAUUAAUAUUUUACAAAUUUCUCACUUUUUAAUAUAAUGAUAAAUUCGAUGAUUUAACUCGUAUAAUAUGGAAUAAAACUUUAAAUGGAAUUAACUAACCACCGGCAAUUUUCGUGCCACGCAUCCUCACGCGCGUGGCUCACUGUUCCCCUAAUCUUUCAAAUUAUUGAAAAAUAAAUCUGUGAAUAUUAAUUAAUUUAAAAAGGUAGCCGGGGCUGUAAUGUAUUUGUGUUUGCUUGGACGGAAGCAAUAUAACGUUCAACUCUCUCUCACAAAUACAAAUAGAGAGAUACAAACAAAGACAAAUCCUCUCUCUCUCAAACAAACACACACACACACACACACACACACUGCUCACACACCAUAACUCCGAAUCCUCCAAAUUCAUCUGCAGAAUCCAGUAAAAUAUUGUGUACAUCAAUCUGUAUUCCUGCGAUUUCUGUAGAUUUCAUAUAUAUAAAUAUAUAUAUAUAUAUUAUAUAUAUAUAUAAAGGCAUCGUCUCACAUACGCACUGUCUCUCUGAUUGGUUGGAUUGCUCAACUUGCCCUAGAUCUCACAAAUAUAAUAUACAGGCGUGUAUAUAUACAUAAUUAAACAUCCUACUGCUACACGAUUUCCGAUCUGGUUUUCCAGCUCUCAACUCUUCAAUUAAUCAGGUUCAGAUUCUUACUGGAUCCAGUGUUUCAAGGUCUGCUUUAGGCAGACAAGAUAGGGUUACUUUGGCUGGCUUUGCAUUUUGAGGCCACCUGUGGAAGAAGAUAAAAUUAUAUUUGUGGGAGUUGACGUGUGAUGCGUAUUUUCUAGAUGAAGUCAGCUCAGGCAUGGCGUUUAGGCAUGAAGGACAUGCAAAUAUUGCCGGCGCCUCGCCAGCGUGGUCAACUGAAGAAGCCAACAUGGAUUAUCGUUUUGGUUUCUUUAGUUAGCUUGUUCUUGGUUUGUGCUUAUGUCUAUCCACCUCAGAAUUCUUCAGCAUGUUAUGUAUUCUCAUCUCAAGGUUGUAAAGCAUUACAAAGUUGGCUCCCACCUACGCCUGCUAGAGAACUUACCGAUGAUGAAAUUGCUUCUCGGGUUGUAAUUAGAGAUAUUUUGGAUUCGCCUCCAAGGAUUUCAACGAAGGCAAAAAUUGCAUUCAUGUUUCUGACACCUGGUGCAUUGCCAUUUGAGAAGCUAUGGGAUAAGUUUUUCCAGGGCCAUGAAGGUAGAUUCUCCGUGUAUGUUCAUGCAUCCAAGGAUAAACCUCUUCAUUUUAGCCGUUAUUUUAUCAAUCGAGAAAUUCGUAGCAGCAAGGUAGUAUGGGGAAAAAUCUCAAUGGUUGAUGCAGAAAGGCGGCUUCUAGGAAACGCACUUAAAGAUCCAGACAACCAACAUUUUAUACUACUUUCGGACAGCUGCGUACCACUUCAUGAUUUUGAUUAUGUGUACAAUUAUCUCAUGUACACAAAUAUUAGCUUUGUAGAUUGCUUCGAGGAUCCUGGUCCACAUGGAAGUGGCAGAUACAUUGAGUAUAUGUUACCUGAAGUCGAGAAGAAAGACUUUCGGAAGGGAGCCCAGUGGUUUACAAUGAAGCGGCAACAUGCUCUUAUAGUCAUGGCUGACAGUCUCUACUACACAAAAUUUAGGGAUUAUUGCAAGCCAGGCAUGGAAAAGGGACGCAACUGCUACUCUGACGAACACUAUCUGCCUACUUAUUUCUAUAUGCUUGACCCAGCUGGAAUUUCCAACUGGUCAGUAACACAUGUUGAUUGGUCUGAAGGGAAGUGGCAUCCAAAAGCUUACAGAGCAGAGGAUGUAACAUCUGAGCUGAUGAGAAAUCUUACUUCUAUUUCAGAGAGCGUGCACGUUACAAGUGAUGAAAAGAAAGAAGUCCAGAUUAAAUCAUGCUUGUGGAACGGGAGUGAACGGCCGUGUUAUUUGUUUGCAAGGAAAUUCUUACCCGAGACUCUUGAUAAUCUAAUGCUACUUUUCCCCAAUUAUACAAAUUAUACAUCCAUUUGAUCUGUCGGGGGUGAUCAAUUUACUUCAGUAUUAAUUGAUUUGGUCGAUUCAAGUGUUGGAUUCUCCACUUCUGGUACAGAUUUCUGCUUUUGUAAAAGCACCCCCAAGAUUGCUUCUUUUUUUUCGUUGCAACCGUAACUGGCGGAACGCGAAGGUAAACUUCGAACCAAUUUGAAGGUGAAGAAACAUAGCCAGUGUUUGCUUCCUUGGGGAACAAUGAUUUGUUGUUUAAUUUUUCCCUCCAUUUGGGCUAUAUUUUAUGUUACAUUCUGAUAUUCGGAACCUAGGCAGCAGUGUUUAUAAAUUGACUUUUGUAGAAGUUGGAUUAUAAAUUUGCAAAUAUCGCCUUGGCGGUUAUAGUUUUCCUUUUUUCUUGGUUGAUUAAUUGUUUAAUUAAGUUUUGUUUGCCCAAAUUGAAGAGAAGUAUUCGCAGGAUGAAGAAACUACGAUCGAGAUUGUACUGAAAUGUCUCGCACAUUUUGUAGCAACUAAUUAGUCUUCACUGUUUGUUUAUAUUCGUUGAUAUUUGUUUCUGUGCCGAUUUUGUUGCACAAGUAUGUCGGGCUUAUUUCCCACCGGUGACUCUAUUUUUUCUUGUGAUUUAUGUUAUAAUCUUCUUUGUG